AUGGCCGAGGCGCGGACGGGAGGGGUCCGAAAGGGCUUCGGGGGCCUGGGAGUGCAAUUCGGGGACACUUUGCGGGGAGGGGGCGUCCCAGACGCCACCGGCUACACCCUUGGAGCCGGUGGGGGCGCAGCUCAGGGCGGGAGAAGCCUCCACCUCCCCCGGCUGCGUUUCUCCAGGGUAGACGCCACCGCAGUCACCGAUGUCCCUUUUCAAAGGAUGCACGCUUCCCAGCGAGCGGCGCCGGAGGUGUUUCGCAGCCACUCUGCCAGAGGUGCGGGUAGGGGGGAUCCUACCCCUACCCACAGGGAGAGUGUGCGUGGGGCUUUGGGGGGCAUCGGUGGGCAUCAUUCUAACUGACUCGCCCAGCUCCUCUCGGGCCGGUACGGGUACUCUUGGGCUCAGCUUGGUGCAGGAUGGGUCCAGAGUUUUCUCUUCCCUUCUGUCUCUGUCCCUCCCUUUCACAGUAGCACAAUUAUCUCCAACAUCACAGGCACUGUAGGACCUACUAAACAAAACAGAACACCAGCCCUUGUCCUCUUUGAACUUGGAUUCUAG